AUGGCUGGGUCGAGUCAGCACCUGCGCGAACUGCAGGGACCCCUGCUCCCACCCAAGGACCUGGUGGAGGAGGACGAUGACUUGCUAAGGGAGGACGUGGAGGAGGACGAGGACGCGGUGUUCGUGGACGCAGAGGAGCUCUGCAGUGGGGGCGUGAAGGCCGGCCGCCUCCCUGGGCGCCUCCGCGUUUUAAUUCCUGAUGAAAACACUCAAGAACGAUGUAUUGUGUUUGGACGUUUUCCAAUAACGGGUCCUUGGUGGCGAGUGAAGGUACAAGUAAAGCCUGUGGGAUCGAGGUGCUAUCAAGUUCAAGGAUUUCCGUCUUAUUUUUUACAGUCUGAUAUGUCGCCACCAGAUCAAGAACAAACCUGUUCUGUCUUUCUUAAAGAGUGUGAGGUCCAUGAUGAUGAUCGCAUUAAAUUUUUAGCAUGGGUAAAUGAGGUGUCAAGCUAUAAUGACCUAAACUUUGAAAAUCUUAGGGAAACAUUAAGGACUUUUUAUAAAGAAAAGAGAAGGAAAGAUCAAAAACAAUCUGCACAGAAUGAACAGGAAGAGUUGCUACCAGAUUGUGAGAUGAGUCUUCUUAUGGAAAACAAAAUUCCAUUUAUAAAUGUAAUGACAGCUUUAAAGUUUCCGAAAAUAAUGGAAUUCCUUCCAAUCCUGCUGCCUCGACACUUUAAAUGGCUCAUCGACUCAGCUUCUAAAGAGUUGUUGGCAAAGAUAGAAGAAAUUUUAGGUACGCAUCCAUGGAAACUUGGAUUUAGUAAAAUAACCUACAGAGAAUUGAAACUUUUGCGAUGUGAGGCAAGUUGGAUGGCAUUUUGUCAGUGCACGUCUCUUCUCCAGCUGAUGACUGAUUUGGAGAAGAAUGCAUUAAUCAUGUAUUCUAAACUGAAGCAGAUGUGUAGAGAGCAUGGGCACACAUACGUUGAAGAAGCUGACUUAACUUCAAUACUGUCAGAGCAUAUGUCAUUUCAUGAUGCUUGGGAGUCACUGAAGUUUUUGAAGGAUAUUGGUGUGGUAGCAUGUGAGAAGGCCUGUGUCUUCCCUUAUGACCUUUACCAGGCUGAAAGAAGCAUUGCCUUUUCAAUAUGUGACUUGAUGAAGAGUCCUCCGUGGCACUUACAUGUUGAUGUCAAAAAGGUGCUUGCAUCUAUUCACACCACAAAACCUGAGAAUUCAAGAAGUGAUGAUGCAUCGAGUGAAAGCAAACCUGAUGAAACAAGAUUAGAAAAUCCUGUGGAUAUUGCAGACUCACAGGACAGUGGUGACCAUAUCUGGACUAAUGGUGACAAUGAAAUUAAUGCAGAAAUCAGUGAAGUCCAACUGGAUCAGGAUCAGGUAGCUGCUUUGGAAAUGAUUUGCUCUAAUGCUGUGACAGUCAUAAGUGGGAAAGGUGGUUGUGGGAAGACCACAAUUGUUAGCCAUCUUUUUAAGCAUAUAGAGCAGUUGGAAGAAAGAGAAGUAAAAAAAGCAUGUGAAGAUUUUGAGCAAGACCAGGAUGUCCCAGAAGAAUGGAUUACCUUUACUGAGCAAAGCCAGCCGGAUGCCGUCAAGGCUAUAGAAGUUUUGCUCACAGCACCUACAGGGAAAGCAACUGGCUUACUGAGACAGAAAACUGGUUUCCAUGCGUAUACGCUAUGUCAGGUCAAUUAUAGCUUCUAUGUGUGGAAAAAUAAGAUGACCAACGACAGGCCAUGGAAAUUUGCUUCGGUUAGAGUUCUGGUUGUGGAUGAAGGGAGUUUGGUAUCUGUAGGAAUCUUCAAAUCUGUUUUAAAUUUAUUAUGUGAGCACUCCAAACUUAAAAAGCUUAUUAUCCUUGGUAAGUUAAAAUAUUAUUGGAAUUCUAAAGUUUUGUUCAAAAUAUUGUGGUUAGUCGGUAUCAUUUUACUGUAUCAUUUCCUAAAGAUGGAAAACCAUUUCUCAGAAUUCAUACCAAAGCUACACUGAGUUAAAACUGACCAUUCUCCUAAUCAGCUUGGGUGGUUCUUUGUUUUGGCCAGGACAUUAACCAGGCUAGGAUGUGAAAGGUUACUGCUAAUCACCUAAAUGAUGGCUAUUAAAAUAGUAAAAAUAUCACAAACUCAGAGUAAAUCAGGAAACAGUAAAACUCUUGAAUUAUCAGAUUUAUAUUCUGCAGUUAAAACUUUACUGCAAGAAAAUGACUUACAAGAUGCAAAAACAUCACAGUUUAUUGCAUUUAGAAGGCAAGACUGUGACCUCAUCAACGACUGCUGCUGCAGACACUACACAGGCCACCUAAUCAAAGACCAUCAGAACAGACUUGUAUUUGGAAUUGGUGAUAAAAUUUGUUGUACCAAAAAUGCAUACCUCUCAGAGUUACUGCCUGAAAAUACCUCUGGAAGUCAGCAAGACAGUGAUCUAGAUGCCAGUCGUACUCCUCGUGACUUUUCUAAAAAUAAGCAUGACUUCGAAAGUAAUAUUCGACUGUGCAAUGGAGAAAUAUUUUUCAUUACAAAUGAUGUAACCGAUGUAACUUUUGUAAAGAGAAGAUUUUUGACCAUUAAUAAUAUGGCUGGUUUGGAAGUAACUGUGGAUUUUAAGAAGCUAAUGAGAUGUUGUCGCAUAAAACAUUCAUGGGCAAGAACUAUUCACACCUUUCAGGUAAAAGUGGACUUUUAUAAAGCUAUUUGA